AUGGCAAUGACGGGGGCACGCAACGUCGACGCGAGAGUCCCAGAUGUGUUUGGUGACGGCCCCAAGGGCAUCACUCUCGGUGGCGUCCUUUGGAGGAUACUUCCAGCAGCCGCCGGUUCCUUCAUCGAGUGGUACGAGUUCGCCAUCUUCGGCUACCUCUCCAUCUACAUCGCCGGCAACUUCUUCCCAGGUAGCACCGGAGCGUAUGGAACUUGGGCCGCCUUCGCGAUCACCUUCUUGUUCCGGCCGAUCGGAGGUGCUGUUUUCGGUUGGAUGGCAGACCAGCUGGGCCGAAAGCCAGCGAUGCAGCUGACCAUCAUGUGCAUGCUGGUGACGACGAUUCUGCAGGGCUGCCUCCCGACCUUCCACUCCUGCGGCGACAGCUGGGGCUGGCUUGGGAUGAUCCUCAUGCUGCUGCUCCGUACGCUCCAGGGCCUGAGCGCGGGCGGCGAGCUGACAACCGCGGCGGUGUACAUCUCGGAGGUGUCGCCCAGAGAGAGGCUGGGCUUCAACACCUCGUGGAUCGCCGUGUGCGGAGCCUUUGGCGCCUACGUGGUUGCCGCGCUCGUGGUCUUCGUCAUGGAGAGCUUCCUCAGCACGGAGCAGAUGAUGGAGUGGGGGUGGCGGAUCCCAUAUCUCAGUGCCAUCUUUCCUGGCGCGUUGGUUGUCAUCGGUCGCCAUUGGCUCACCGAGUCGGAGGAGUUCGUCGAGUCGAAGCAUCAGGGCGUGGAGUUAGAGGAGGGAGACUCUGGAGCCGUAAAAGGCCCAGGCCAAUCGGCUCCUCUGAGGGAGCUGCUCCUCGACUAUUGGCCUCAGCUCCUGGUCGGCACCCUGGGCACUGCCGGCUGCGGGGCCCUCUGGUACGUGCCGCCUGUCUACGGUGUGCAGUUCAUCCAGACCUACGACGGCCUGCCGCCCUCUGCGGUGACCCUCUCCGAGCUGGUCGUGUACCUCAUCCCGACGCUUCUGUCCCCCGUGGUCGGGCUGCUCGUGGACGUCUGGGGCGCCGGGCGCGUCUACCUGCUCGCGUUGGCCGCGGGGUGCGUGGUCGCCCCGCUGCCGCUCUUUUACUGGUGGACGCACGUCCCCGGCUCCGACGCCGUGCUGGCCGUGUAUCUCGGCCAGGUGAUUCUCGGUGUCCUCAUCGCGCUCACCGCCUCGGUCUACCUGUGGGCAAUCGAGCUGUUCCCGACGCGCGUUCGCGUGACGGGCGUGUCCCUCGGGUAUAAUCUUGGGGUGGGCGUCUUUGGCGGGGUCGGUCCUCUCAUCUCGGAGGCAGGGAACCACGUGCUGGACCCGCGCGGCCCAAUCUCGGCCCCGGCCGCCUACAUGCUCGCGGUCGGCAUACUCUCGGUGCUCACGGUGCUGACCAGCCGCUGGAUGGGCAGUCGCGGAGUGCUGAAGAUCAGUCACAUCCGGUCCAAACCGUAUUGA